AUGACCUCAUGUGGUAGGCACAUAUUUGGCUGGAAUUGUGAGUUUAAUUGUGAAUCAGCGGCUUCAUCCAACAUUUGUAAUGGCCAGUUUGGUCUACCAGAUCCUUAUGGGAACAGCUGCAUAUCAGGAUAUACAGGCAUCUACUGCAAUGUCAAUUGCCCCUCUGGAACAUUUGGUGCUGGAUGUACCCAGACCUGCCGUUGUCAGGCAGGCAAUGCAGCUUGUGAUAGAUUCACUGGAGUAUGUACACCAAGUGGAUGUCAAGCUGGUUGGUCUGGUACAAGCUGCCAAAUAUCAGGUGCAUGUAUAACUGGCAAAUUUGGACUGGAUUGUUCUAGUGAUUGCCAGUGUUCCAAUAACGCUGCCUGCGAGAGAGACAGUGGUUACUGCAGUGGAUCGAAUGGAGUCUGUGCUGGUGGAUUCAAGUCAGAUAUGAAUGCAAACAACUGUCAGACAGGUAUCAUUGAAUUUCAAAUGUUGACGAUGCCAAAUCAAGGCCAAGAUGUGACAUUCAGUUGUGCAGCUACGUCAGGGGACGCUCUGUUGGCAAACUCCAUUGUCCUUGGAAGCAGUGGCUCAGCAGGAUUCACACGAACAGAAACGGUGACUGAAGGGACGGUCCUGAACAACACGUUCACUGCAUCUGGACUGACUAACAACCAGCUGGUCGUCUGUAGUCUUUUUCAUAACAGUCAAAGUGUAUCAACAACUCUGAGUGUGUCCCUUUUUGUUCUCCCAUAUCUAAGUCAGGCUCCCGAAGUCGUUGCUGGGCCAGGAUCGGUGACUGUCAGCUGGCAGGCAUGGGACUCACACAACCUGGACUCUGGGGAUGGACCGAUCAUCAAAUACAUCAUUUACUACAUGCUUUCAACUAGUGCAUCAUGGACAAUGGCUGGUGAGAUAUCAGUCACAGACCAGUCACAGGCUGCAUAUAGCUUUGUAGUCCAACCGCUGGAACCAAGCACUCAUUACCAGUUCAGCGUGGCUGCUGUAAGAGAUGGACCAGGAGGCCAGGGAUCUUUGAGUCCUGCAUCACAGUUGAUUUAUCCUCUAACACCUCCUCCAAAAACGCCUCCUCCAACUACUGAAGGCCCCACAGUCGCAGAAUCUUCAACACUUCCAGCACCACCCAUCACCACCUUACCUGCACCCACUGCUUCAGUAGUAGUUACAGGAAGUUCAUCGACAACUACUCCACAACCCACCUCAGCUGAUGAGUCAAACACAGUUCUGAUCGCUGUCAUUGUCAUUGUCGUAAUCGUCAUGAUUGUCGUUGCUGCGGUCCUGUGCAUUUAUUUUCUGCGUCGUCGAAGAAGUAGAAGACAACCAGCAAAGCCACCAUCAACAGGAGGGCAGGAACUGACCGCGUAUGAGAAUCAGAUAUCCCCAGACAAUGGCACCGGGGCAUCAGAUUAUGAGAGGGUUGGUCACGAUCACCCAACAUCGUAUGAAGUAGUGGGUAUUAAUAUGUCACCACCAACCUAUGAGGACGUAGGCUUACCAUCUUGGACACAGCAAUGGCGUAUUCCAUGGGAGGAAAUGAUGGUUGGCAAGAAGGUCUUGGGCGAAGGAAACUUUGGGGAAGUCCGCGACGGAGCAGUGUUGGUUGGGGAAGACAUCUCCAAAGCUGCUAUAAAGACACUGAAAGCAAACGCCUCUGAAAAUGAUUGGCAGAACUUCAUGGAGGAAUUUCGAACUCUGACCAAAGUUGGACGGCACCCGAACGUGGUCAGUAUUCUUGGUGCUUGUCAACACGAAGACAUUUUGUACGUGGCUUUGGAGUUCAUGCCCAACGGUGAUCUGCGCACCUACCUGAGAAAUGCCCGAUCCCUGGGAGACGAUGAUCAGUCAACUCUGUCUCCUGAGAAGCUGAUUCAGUUUGCUUUGGAUGUUGUCAAAGGAAUGCAACACCUUGAUGCAGUGGGAGUGAUCCAUCGUGAUUUGGCGGCAAGGAACAUCCUCCUUGACAGUCAACUGGUUGCUAAGGUUUCUGAUUUUGGCUUGUCUCGAGGAGAAGAUAUCUAUGUUCAGAUGUCACGGACUCGGGUUCCUACUCGCUGGCUGUCUCUGGAGUCGUUGGCUUCCAAGAUUUACACACCAAAGAGUGACGUAUGGUCCUUCGGAAUCCUUCUGUGGGAAAUUGCAACCCUGGGUGCCACUCCUUAUGAAGACACCAAAUCUAAGGACCUUUUGUCGAGGUUGAAGAGUGGAUACCGGAUGCCCAAACCUAGCAGCUGUGAUGAUGAAUUCUACAACCUGAUGCUGCUGUGCUGGCAGGAAGACCCGGCCCACCGACCUCAUUUCAAGAAACUAGUGGCUCGUCUGACAAGUAUGGGCGACAGCCAAAAUGAACAUACGUACAUGCGACUUCUGCCAAAAGCUGACAACUACAUGUACUUGAUGAUUCGCCCUGAGCUGGAUGACAACUGAAGGGAGAGACACAUAGCGUUGAGUCUGCUCCAGCC